CGUGCAUCGUUGCUCGUGGUCGCGAUCUCGCAAGCCCCGUUACGUUACGGCGACCUCCCCGUUCGCUCCAUGCAUAAGUCGCGACGUGCAGGACGAAACAGCUGACGGCACCUCGCCUGCUAUGCACGUGCGGAAUACCGAGUCGCUUCCAGGAAUUAUCGGCGACAGGACGAGCGAUCCGUCACGCUGAUCUGCCGCUGCGAUAUUUGACGAAAUUUGACGCUGAACUCGAUCGCCACGUGAAAAGUGGAACUUGCGCAUCGGAUCCGAGAGUCUCGAUUCCAGUCAGUUGCGAUCGCGCGAAGAUGUCUUUCAAGAAGGACCUGAGGCUGCUCGUGAAGCCGUAUUACUUGAUAAAUAUCCUGCUCAGCGUCUCCUACAUACUCUCGAAGCGCAUUUCUAUGAUAUGCAAUUAUGUCUUUGCUCAAGACGACUGCGAGCUCGAUGGGAGAGAAACAGAGAUUCUUUUCUUCCUCAUGAUCGUCAUCAUGAUAAGGACGAGAAAGACUGGCAGCGUGACCAUGAUAAAUUAUCUGACGUCUAGCUUCGUCUACACAAAAGUGGCGAACUUGAUCCUCUGGUUUUACGCGGACGUGCGGAUGGGCAGUCUGUUUGCAUUCAUUUUCAUACUGUGCGCGCUGAUAUUGCCAGAACCAACAUAUCAGGGGCCUGAGAACGUGAUCUACCUGCAUGGGGCCAAUGGACUGCAGGACGAGCUGCAACGCGACACCCGGGUGAUCUGGCUGGUAGCAUUCUACACCGCAUGGAAUCCAGCCUGCGUGACCUUCGCGCCGGUAUUCUCCGAGCUCUCCGCGGAAUACGCAUUGGAGAACUUCAAGUUGGGUAAAGUGGACGUGGGAAGGUAUCCGGAUGCAGCAGCCAAGUAUCACAUCAGCGAUGCCAGCACGAGCAAGCAGUUACCGACGCUGAUACUGUUCAAGGACGGCAAGGAAGUGGACCGACGGCCAUACGCGAGUAACAAAGGAAAGCUCGUGAAAUUUCUCUUCUCACUGGACAACGUGAAGGCUGCGUUCGAUCUCAAUAAUAUUUACAGUGACUGCAAGAAGAAUCCUAUCAAGAGGAAAGAAAAGAAGAAGGCGGUGUAACGGAAUAAGACUUAGAUGUUUAAGAGAGGAAAAGUAUUUCGCGGUUCAUAGCCAAGACAGUUCCGAUUAGAUGGCUUCUACUGCGUAGAAAAUCCGCCUGACGUGUGUUACCUCGAUCGAGUCCCGAUUCUGAACUAGAAGCGACAGAGGAUUUGUAAAUAUUUUGUUGCGCGUUGUGUAAUAUUUUUAAAUACGUGUCUCAUGUUCUCUCAUAUUUAUCGAGUUUCAUUUAUAUGUCGGAUAGUUAUAUAGUACACUGUAUCAUUGAUUAAUAGAAUAUUGCAUAUUAUGAAAUGGAAUGUGCCAUGUGUAAUUACACGGAGAUUCAAAUGUACAAAACAAGCUUAACGUUACAGUUAGCAAUUGAAUAAAAGUUAAUAAUUGAAUAAAAGCUGAUCAUUAA